AUGGUUCGGAGAGGAGAGAUGGUGCCCUCAGCAGCGCCCCCAAGGAGGAAAACGGCGCCAAAAAUCGGCGUCGCCGCUGCCGGCCAGCCAAGGCGGCCAAGGUUUCCCCCGGACACCGAUCUGCUCCACCAGAACACACCGGAGGUGGAUCUGGAAGAUCCAAACCGAACCGGGGACUGGGAAUGGAUGCAUGGAAGGAAGGGGGGCAAUACCUCCAGAGCUGGCACGCCUGCGGCUCGCCGUCCUCACGGCCGAACACUCAGACACGCCGCACGCCCCGCCGUCGCUAGGCCCCGCCCCAACCUGCCCUGCGGCGAGAGGAGCUGCCCCGCGAGCAGGCCGAGGCUUCCCACGAGGGGCGCGCCCGACCAGCGCGAGCGCCAGAUCCCGCCGCCGCCGGCCGCCAGCGGGGUUUGCCCGCCGACGAUCGCCCACGACGAGCGCCAGAUCCCGCCGACGAGCGCCGCCAGCACGCAGCCCGCCUCGUGCAGCCCUCCACGCCAGCCACCGUGGCAGCCCAGCGUCGCCGCGUCCCGCACAACGCCGUGUUCCGGCCAGGGUAGAUCGCCCCACGGCGAGCCCGCCUCGCGAGAAGGAGAGAACGCCCCGCCGCCGCCCAUGCCGGGCGGGCUUCGCCCGCCGGCACGCCCUGGCGGCGGCGAGGGGAGGGAUGGGGAGAGGGACGCGGUUCGGCGGCGGCUAGGGUUUCCUCCCCUGCCGCCCGUGGGAGCGCCAGAGGAGGAGGACAACUACACCCACCUCACCCAGAUUCAAGCUAGAUCAAUACCUCAUUUGAUGGUAGGAGAUGAUGUGCUGGGUUCAGCCAGGACUGGCUCAGGGAAGACACUCGCUUUCCUUAUACCCGCGAUCGAACUGCUACACAAUGCGCGCUUCACGCCGAGGAACAGAACUGUAGUUAUUGUGGUCUGCCCAACAAGGGAGCUUGCUAUCCAGACACACGAUGUUGCCAAGAAAUUAAUGAAGUAUCACUCUCAAACUCUUGGAUAUGUAAUUGGUGGCACUAACAUGAGAAGUGAGGCCAACCAGCUUGUGAAAGGGGUCAAUCUAUUAGUUGCAACGCCGGGCAGGCUUCUGGACCAUCUGAAAAGUACCGGUGGUUUCAACUACAAAGGGCUAAAGUGCCUUAUAAUUGAUGAAGCUGAUCGCAUACUUGAGCAAAAUUUUGAGGAGGACAUGAAACAAAUAUUUAAGCGCCUCCCUCAGAAUAGGCAAACUGUUCUCUUUUCUGCUACACAGACUCAAAAGGUUGAAGAUUUUGCAACUUUUACAUUUGGGAAAAAGGAAGAAAGGCAACGAGAACUUGUUUAUGUUGGAGUUGAUGACUCUGAAUUAAAGCCUACUGUUGACGGCUUGCAGCAGGGCUACUGUGUCAUUCCUAGUGAGAAAAGGUUUCUGGUUCUGUAUACUUUCCUAAGAAAGAUGCAGCUGAUGAAGCAGAAGGUGAAGGUCAUGGUGUUCUUUUCAUCAUGUAGCUCAGUCAAAUUCCAUGCAGAAUUUUUAAAUUUCAUUGGGAUAGAGUGUCACGAGAUCCACGGGCAACUGAAGCAGCAGAAACGCACUACUACAUUCUUCCAAUUUUCGAAAGAGGAAAGCGGUAUCUUAUUGUACACUAACGUGGCAGCACGUGGGCUUGAUAUUCCUAAUGUGGACUACAUUGUGCAAUAUGAUCCUCCAGAUGACCCAAAGGACUACAUUCACAGAGUCGGUCGUACUGCCCGAGGUGAUAAAGGCCAAGGACGCGCAUUUUUGUUCUUACUACCAGAAGAACUGAAGUUGCUUAUUUACCUGCACGCGUCCAAUAUUUCUCUGACUGAAUACGAGUUCAGUGAAAAGCAUGUGCCAAAAUCGCAAUCGAAGCUUGAGAAAAUUGUUGCUGGGAAUUACUUCCUAAACCAGUCAGCGAAGGAAGCCUACAGGUCUUACCUUUUGGCAUACAACUCACACUCUAUGAAGGACAUCUUUGAUGUCCAUCAACUUGAUCUCAAGAAAGUUGCGGCAUCUUUCUGUUUUAAUAGCCCUCCUAAAGUGAAUCUGAACCUGGAGAGUAGUGCAUCGAGACACCGAAAGAUGAGGAAAGUGGACGGCAGAAAGAGGCAUGGAAUUAGCCCUUCAAACCCCUAUGGAAGGAGAGGCGGUUGUGAUCACAUGGAUCUUGCAAGAUUCUAGGAAGGAUAUAUCAGGGGGUUAAGAUCGGAGAUGCUGGAAGUCACCAUCUUUGAUUCUUCUUUUUUGGUAGAUCUCUAAAUAUUAUGUUUGGAUGUCAUGUAUGUUGUGUGGUUUGAGAAAGAAAAAUCUGAAGAGUGGUUUAUGCCCUUUGCCCUUUGGAUUCUUAAAACAAGUGUAGUUAUUACAUUUUUUGGGGUUA